AUGUCUUGGCGAUUAGCAAUUCAAUCAACUAAAUUAUUAUUUUCAUAUGUUAUACCUUAUAAAAUAAAAUUAUUUCGUGAAGCACUCUUAAAUGCAAAUAUAGUAAGAAUACGACAAUUAGCUUAUGAAAAACCAAAAUUAUUACAACGAGCAAUUGAUGCAGAUGGUAAUACUGCAUUAGGUUUAGCUAUUCUAUUAGGUGAAGUAGAUGUUGUUGCAACAUUACUUGAACUUGGUAGUGAUCCAAAUAUUGCAAAUCUAUUUGAUGGUAAUCAUCCACUUGUUUUUUUGGCUAAAUUACGUUCUGAAGAAAAUUCUAAAACAUUGACAUUAGUCGAUCUUUUACUUCAUGCUGGAUCAAAUCCAUUAUGUGAAAUACGUUGUCGAGCUGAUAAUAUCAAACGUGUUGAUCCAACACAAACACCAUCAUAUUAUGAAACACCAUUACUUUGUUCUAUCCGUUUUCAAAAUGAAAGUGUUCUUAGAAAAAUACUUCAACAUGGAAUUGAUGUAAAUACACUUAACCCCGAAACAGGUACGAGUCCAUUAAUGUUAGCUGCAGCACUUGGUUAUCUUAAUAUAUGUAAUUUUUUACUUGAUUUUGGCGCUGAUGUCAAUGCAUGUGAUUUUGCAGGUAAUACACCAUUACAUUUAGCUAUUCAAGGUUUUGGUGAUAAGUUACCUAUUCUACAUACAUUACUUGAAUAUGGUGCUAAUAUUAAUGCAAUUAAUCAAGAUGGUUCUACUCCAGCUAUGUUUGCUGAACAAAUACAAGAUGAAGAAUGCAUUAGAUUACUUCAAUCAAGAUUAAAUGAUACAAAAGAUCCACCACGAUAUCAAGAAGUCGAAGGAAAUCAUCAAGAACAGAUAGAUCAAAAAUAUUUUUCAUUUACAUAA